AUGACCCGCUUCGACGACGUGCCAUUGCCGUACACGUCGAGCGCGCCGCUCCCCAACCGCCAGCCUACACUGCGGACAGGAGGUACCGUCAAACGCAGCAAGACGCUCACAAGACCCGAACGACAUGUCGCCCCCGCACCACUCAUCAACCCGGCCGGCGGCGCCACGGACGAAAAGACUCAAGGAAGCGGUGUCGACUGGUGGACCAUUACCUCGUGGAUCCUCACGUUUUACUGCCCCAAUGCCUUCCUAAAGGCCGCAGGCAUCAAGGAGGCCGGGUCGCGCCAGGCAUGGCGUGAAAAGAUGGCACUGGUGACCAUUGCCUGCCUCAUGGGCGCGUUUGUCGGCUUCUUCACCAUGGGCCUCCAGAGCGCUCUGUGUCCCGGAGGAUCUACCAACGCUAAUGUCCAGAUCCUUGGUGCCCAUGACGCGACACUGUCAAUCGGCGGCUACGCAUUCAACAUUACCGAGGCUGCGACCACAGACCUCGUCGACUUCUUCACCCUCGCCAAGGACAUGCCUGGCCAGGACAUUACGACCUUGUUCACUCGCUCCAAGAGCGAGUACCCUUCGUGCACGUCGACCAAGACGUACGCGUCCAUGUCGUACUGCAGCAACAAUGCCACGACGACGGCGACCAACACGUCCACUUGCGCUCUGGGCACGCUCUCCAACACGACACUGACCACCCUCAAGCUCACCAACACUAGCAUGUGGGAGGCCUAUACCUGGCAGCAGGUCGCGGCCAUGAAAAACUACAUUGUCAUUGACGGCUUGGUUCUCAACAUGAACCCGUACAUUUCUGCCAACCCCAAUGCCCUGUCCAACGACACGGUCGACUCGGCCAUUCGCAACGCCAUUAGCAACCAGAGCUCGUCGGGCAAGGACGUCACCCGCCAGUUUUACAACACUGUCGAGCUGAAAGAGGCGAUAGGCUGCCUCACGUCGCGCUACCUUGCUGGCCGCAUUGACAAGCAGACCCCGGGCUGUUUCAUUGCGUCCAUCUUGCUGUACGCCUCGCUCAUUGUCAUUCUCGCCGUCGUCCUGAUCCGCUUCUUCAUGGCCCUCCUCUUCAACUGGUUCAUCGCGAGGACCCUCGUGAGCAAGCCCAACACUGCUGGUAAAUCCGGCGUGUCGCCGUCAGUCAUGCCAGAGGGAGCCAACGUCUCUGUCAACAACCAAACGGGAACCGCGCCAUGGGCCCAGCCCAGCAAGAUCCGCAAGCCCAACCCCAACGCGCCAAACGGUAGCGUCAUGGGUGAUGUGGACGCGUCGUCCCCGAUCAUGUCCCUGUCGCGUAUCGGAUCAGAGCUGUUCACCGUCUGCCUGAUCACCUGUUAUUCAGAGGGCGAGGAAGGUAUCCGCGGCACGCUCGACUCCAUUGCCGGCACGACGUACCCGGACAAGCGCAAGCUUAUUUUCAUUGUCUGCGACGGCAUGAUCACUGGUGCUGGUGAAAAGGCGUCCACUCCCGACAUUUGCGUGGGCAUGCUCGAGGCCGACCCCCGGUUCGGCAACCCGCAGCCCAUGGGCUACCUGGCCGUUGGGUCUGGCGCCAAGAAGGAGAACCGUGCCAUGGUCUACGCCGGCCACUACCUGACCAAGAACGGCCACCGCACGCCCACCGUCAUUAUCGUCAAGUGCGGCAUGCCCGCCGAGGCCAACGAGGCCAAGCCCGGAAACCGUGGCAAGCGCGACUCGCAGCUGAUCCUCAUGAACUUUUUCUCGCGCGUCACCUACAACGACCGCAUGGCACCCCUCGACUAUGACCUGUUCCGCAAGCUCCACACCCUCAUGGGCGUGACGCCCGACUUUUUCGAAGUCUGCCUCAUGGUCGACGCCGACACGGUCGUGUACCCAGACUCUCUGACGUACCUCGUCCACGCCAUGGCCCGGGACAACAUGCUGAUGGGCGCGUGUGGCGAGACACGAAUCGCAAACAAGCGCCAGUCGUGGGUGACCGCCAUCCAAGUGUACGAGUAUUAUAUUUCGCAUCACCUCACCAAGGCAUUCGAGUCGGUGUUUGGAGGUGUCACCUGUCUUCCAGGCUGUUUCUCAAUGUACCGCAUCAAGGCCCGCAAGGAUACCGAGAAUGACUGGGUGCCGGUCUUGGUCAAGCCCGAGAUUGUGCGCGAAUACAGCCAGUCGGACGUGACGACCUUGCACCAAAAGAACCUGCUCCUCCUCGGCGAGGACCGUUUCCUGUCCACCAUCCUGCUCCGCACCUUCCCCAACCGCCGCAACAUUUUCCUCCCCCAGGCAAGGUGUCGCACCAUUGCGCCCGAUACCUUUUCGGUCCUGCUCUCGCAGCGCCGUCGCUGGAUCAACUCGACCGUCCACAACCUCAUGGAACUGGUGCUUGUCCGCGACCUGUGCGGCACGUUCUGCUUCUCCAUGCAGUUUGUCGUCUUUAUGGAUCUCGUCGGCACCGUCGUCCUCCCCAUCGCCAUUUGUCUUACGUUGGCGCUCAUUGUCAACUCGAUCUUGACCCCGCCCAACUCGUUCGAAGAGGCCAUCCCGCUCAUGCUGCUCGGCUGCGUCCUCGGUCUUCCUGCGUUCUUGAUCAUGAUCACCACCCGCAAGAUGAUCUACAUUGCGUGGAUGGGCGUCUACCUCCUCGCACUGCCCAUCUGGAACUUUGUCCUGCCCGUCUACUCGUUCUGGCACUUUGACGAUUUCUCCUGGGGUGAGACCCGUAAGGUCGAGGGUGAAGUGGUCGACAAGUCGGGCCACGGUCCCGACAAGGAGGCCGUCGCGUUCGAGGGCACGACCAUCCCCCUGCGCCGCUGGGACGACUGGGAGCGCUCGCGCCUGCGCAAGCUGCGUCGAGAGGAGAAACGCCGUCGCCAGAUGGAGCGCAUGCACGGCCGCGGGUUCUACGGCGAAGGCGACGAGCUCGGCGUGCCCGACCGCGGCUUUGCGCGCAGCGAGUAUGACAGCGACUCUGGCUCGAUCAUGUCGUCGGAAGAGGACGUGUGGGGCGCCGACGUGGGUGGAUACGACGAAAACAACCCGGCAUACCCGCCACCACCUACCGCGCUCGCGCCCGAGAUGGCCCAUGGCCACGGCCACGGACACGGCGGCAAGACCCUCGGCAUGGACCAGAUGGCCGCCAUCCUCGACCAAGGGUUCGAGCAGCCCGCUGCGCCGGGAACCGUCGCGUGGCGUCCCGACCGCAACGCCCCGUCCCCGCUGCACCGCAACCAGCAGUCGUACGUGCCCUCCAACGGCACCGCGUCCCCCGUCACCCCCGUCGGCGACUAUACGCCCCGUUCAGACCAGUACGCGCGCUCGUCCCGCUCAGACACGUACUCGCCCCGCUCGGAGCAGUACGCCGCGCUCAGCCCCCCGAGCGCGCGCAACUCCAACGCAGGCACGCUCCCGGGAGGUCAGGCGACGACGACCGCUGUCGAGUCGCACCCCCUCACGGCCGGCCAUGCGCGCCAGCGCUCCGGCGGCGGCGCCGUCAUGGGUAACGGGAACGGGAACGGGUAUGGCCCGCUCGGCCCGCUCGCCGAGGACGGCGCGGACGGGUACAAGCGUGUGUGA